AUGGUUCGGGGCGCCCUCGUACUCCUUGCUGCAGCCUCUGCGGCUACUACCGUCAACGGCCUCUUCAGCGUCAACGAUGACAUCCUAGCUUUCCCGCAGUACGAGAUCCAAUUCCCGCCGGAGCCCAUCCCCGCCUCGGAAGCAUCCGCUCUGCUUGCGCAAGCCCCCACCUCCUCCGCCUCUCCCGACUCUACCACCCCCGACGACGCCGCUACCUCCUCCGAGUCCUACGAAGCGCUCUGGCUCAACAACCGGCAGUAUCUCUGCUCUGUACCCGUCGUGCAGGCGCCACCGGCCCUCAACGCAACCGAGAAGGAGCUCUCCCGCGCUGCGGAGGAGAAGGAGCUUGCGCGGGCGACUACGCGCGGUUGGGAGCUGCUUAGCGGGCUUGAGGGCGAGUGUCUGUAUUUUGUGUCGGGAUGGUGGUCGUACUCGUAUUGUCAUAACCGCGAGGUUAGGCAGUUCCACCAGAAGGCGCCGACCGCCGGGAACAAUGCGCAGUGGCCACCGGCGGAGGAUCCAAUGACGCCGAGUUACGUCCUGGGUAUGGUGACACCGGAGCAGAGGGAGAGGGAGAAGGGCAAGGGCGCCGGGACAGAGCUACAGGCGACAGGGGAGCUGCGCUUUUUGGUGCAGAAGUUGGGCGGUGGGACGACAUGUGAUUUGACGAGGAAGGAGAGGAAGAUUGAGAUCCAGUUCCACUGCUCGACAAAAGGAACCCACGACCGUAUCGGCUGGAUCAAGGAAAUCUCCAUCUGCUGCUACCUUAUGGUAGUGUACACCCCGCGCCUCUGCGACGACGUUGCCUUCCUUCCGCCGCGCGAAGACCGCGCGAACGCCGUGCAGUGCAGAGAGAUCAUGGACCCAGAGACACUAGCCGAGUACUACGAGCAGAAAGCCGAGCUCGAGCGCACUGAGGCCCUAGAGCUGCUACAGGCCGCCCUGGGACUCACCGCCGGCGGGGCCGAGGCCGAGGAGGGCCAGAGUAAAGUGGAGAAGAAGAAGGGAAAGAAGAAGAAGUCGGCGGUAGCGGGAGAGGAGAAGAAGAAGAAAGCUGUGGGGGAGGAAGAGAAGCUGGUGUUGGGGAAGGAUGGGGAGGGGGCGGAGGAGCAUUGGCAUGAUGAGUUGUAG